UCACUUGAUGUCACAGCUGAACGACCUCCUUCGCCACCCCUGCAGGUAGCCGACGCCAUAUUGCUGCAAAGCGGUGUUUAUGGUGCAAGGAGGAUUCAAAGUCAAAGGCACGUUGUCGGGGGCUUCGCGCAGGAAGAUGUCUAUCGCUGUUUCUGGAAGCGUUCCUCUGGAAAGAUGGAUUAUCAUCCAGGAUGCCGCUGUUGGCGGUUUCGGCCUCGCUGCUGCUCUUAGCGGUUCUACAGCCCUCAGCAGCUCAGUAUGGUACAUCGUACAAUACUCAAGAUACACCGUGCUACCGGGAAGGUUACUACAGGGACCGCACGCACUGCGGGCGUUUCUACCGCUGUGCUCCGGUGAAGUAUCAUCCAGGCGCUUAUACGGUCUACACGUUCGCCUGUCCGUACGGCACUUCCUACGACGAGCACCGAGGAAGUUGCGAGCAACCUCGGCCUCGGGACCCGUGCUAUGGACAAGUGACACGGCCUUAUCAGGCGACCAGGAAACCAUCUAGGCCUAACUAUGUUCCUCACUUUGCCCCUGCACUGAAACAGCAGCCUGACCUUCCUUGCCACGGGGAAGGUUUCCAUGCCCAUCCGUAUGACUGCAAUAGAUUUUACCGUUGCAUCCGUUACAAUGCUCAGGCCUUCUACAGUGUCUACGAGUUCAAUUGCCCGACGAACCUCGUCUACGACGAAAAUUCCGGUUCUUGCAACUAUCCAGAGCUGAGUUACUCCGACUGCGUGACAACGCAGUUUCAAAACAGCAGCAGUAGUAGUUCGGCCAGCAGUGCGUCAAGUAGCUCGUCCAGUAGCUCAUCGGGCACUUCGACGCAGACGCAAACCUCCAGUGGUCCGUCUGGGACCCAAACCACGACGCAAACUGGUACGCAAAGUCAGAGCCAAAGUCAGAGUCAGAGCCAAAGCCAGUCCAGUAGUCAGACCAGUACCCAUACAAGCACAACGACAUCACACCGUCGUCCUGGAAGCGGACAACCGGGACAAACUCAAACUGAGACACAAACGGGGACUCAGACACAGACUCAGGGGCAGGGCCAAGGGCAGAGUCAAACCCAGACACAAACGGGAACUCAGACACAGACUCAGGGGCAGGGCCAGGGGCAGAGUCAGACGCAAACCGGAACUCAGACACAAACCGAAACUCAGACUCAAGGACAAAGUCAGGGGCAGGGUCAGACGCAAACCGGAACUCAGACGCAAACCGGAACUCAGACGCAGACCGGAACUCAGACGCAAACCGGAACUCAGACUCAAGGUCAAAGUCAGGGGCAGGGGCAGGGCCAAGGGCAGAGCCAGGGCCAAAGCCAAGGACAAACCCAGGGAAGAAAACCAGGCGGUGGACAGAGUGGAGGCGGACAACAGAGACCACAAGGUCGCCCCGAGACCGGAGGAUCCAGUGAUCAGAAUAAACCAUCGGGGUCAGACCCUCCAUGCAGUAAGGAGGGAUUCUUUGUCCAUCCUGAAGACUGCUCAAAGUUUGUUCGAUGUGUGGACAGCGGUUCCGGCAACUUCGUUGUCUAUGUGUUCAGUUGCCCAAGUUCUCUUGUGUGGGACGAAGAGCUCAUGACCUGUAACUACCCGAGUGCUACACAGGGUCCAUGUGGCAGUAAGGAGUCCGGACUUCCCUCCGAAGAUAACUCUGGGUCGGAUAACUCCCACCCUGAAGAUGAAAAUGUCGUAGGGCAGGAUACGUCACCCCAGCAACCGUCUUCAAAUGACAGUACAACGAAGCGGCCGUGCGAUGACCACAAGUCGGAAGGUCGUCCUUCAGGUGGAUCUCGACCUCCAAGCCGUCCCAGCAAAGACCUUCCGUGUCCCACGGAUGGAUUCUUUAGGAACCCGUCCAAUUGUUAUAGAUUCUACAGAUGCGUGAAACGAGAGGACUCUGGCGAAUACGAAGUAUACGAAUUCAACUGUCCAGAAGGUCUUGUGUUUGACGAGCGCUACAGCACAUGCAAUUGGCCAGACAAGGCUCCUCCGUGUGGGGAGAAAGGUCAAGAUGAAUCUUCAGGGCGUCAGCCUCAAAGUGAUAAUCAGAAUGGAAGGCCCGUACAACCUGGUCAAGACGGUGGGCGACCUGAACAGCCUGGACAAGGAGGGAAACCCGGGCAAGGUGGAAAGCCUGGGCAACCUAGUCAAGGCGGUGGGAGGCCAGGGCAGCCAGGUAAAGGAGGAGGUAGGCCAGGAAAGCCUGGACAGGGAGGAAAGCCAGGACGACCCGGCCAAGGAGGAGGUAGGCCUGGAACACCUGGACAGGGUGGAAAGCCACGAGAGCCCAGCCAAGGAGGAGGUACGCCUGGAACACCUGGACAGGGUGGAAAGCCAGGACAGCCCGGUCAAGGAGGAGGUAGGCCUGGAACACCUGGACAGGGUGGAAAGCCAGGACAGCCCGGUCAAGGAGGAGGUAGACCUGGAACACCUGGACAGGGUGGAAAGCCAGGACAGCCCGGUCAAGGAGGAGGUAGGCCUGGAACACCUGGACAGGGUGGAAAGCCAGGACAGCCCGGUCAAGGAGGAGGUAGACCUGGAACACCUGGGCAGGGUAGACAGCCAGCACGACCCGGUCAAGGAGGAGGUAGGCCUGGAAGGCCUGGACAGGGUGGAAAGCCAGGACAGCCCGGUCAAGGAGGAGGUAGACCCGGAACACCUGGACAAGGUGGAAAACCAGGACAGCCCGGUCAAGGAGGAGGUAGGCCUGGAACACCCGGACAGGGCGGAAAACCAGGACAGCCUGGUCAGCCCGGACAAGGUGGUGGGCCAGGACAACCUGGACAGCCCGGACAACCUGGUCAGCCCGGACAAGGUGGUGGGCCAGGACAACCUGGACAGCCCGGACAAGGUGGAAGACCAGGACAGCCCGGUGAACAAGAUAGCAGGACAAGAAAACCUGGCCAAGGCGGAAAACCUGGCCAGGGUGCUAAACCAGGAGGACAAGGGGGGCGCCCUGAAAAGCCAGGACAAGGAAGAAGAAAACCCGCGCAGCCUGCUGGACAAGAUGGAAGACCGGGACAAGGUGGGAAGCCUGAACAGCAAGGUCGAUUGCCUCAACAACCAGGACAAGGGAGCAGGCCAGCUCAGCCCGGAGAUCAUGGAAGACGGCCUGGAGAACAACCUCAAGGGGGACUUGGACAACCCGCCCCUGGACAGCCACCAGCCGAUGAGCCAGUUCCUCAAGCAACUACCCCGUGCCCCCACGGAAAGGAUACGGAAUCUGGUAACACGGAAAAGAAGAAACCCGCUUGCCAAACUGAAGGCUUUUUCAGGCAUCCUGACAGUUGCUACAGGUUCUACCGCUGCGUGCACUUGAAUGAUACGGACGAGUACGUAGUGUACGAAUUCAACUGUCCUGAGGGGCUUGUCUUUGAUGAACGAUAUAGUACUUGUAACUGGCCAUCUGAUGCACCACCAUGCGAUGGUGCAGUGUCAGAUAAUGACUCGCGUCAACCUGGCAGCAAGCCUGAAGACGUUCCAGGUAGUGAGGGAGGACCAGGUGACGAUAAAACUAAACGCCCUUCGGAUAGCAAACCUCCAGCAGGUGGUAGUCCAGAAGAGACUGGUACAGAUUCUGAAUCCCCUCGACCCGGAGAACAGGAGCAACCUGGCGCCACGCCAAGCUCUAAGCCGUCUACUGAACAAGGAAAGCCUCCCGAACAAAGUAGCCUCCCGUGCUCCAAGGACGGAUUCUUCAGGAAUCCCAAGGACUGCAGGAAGUUCUACAGGUGUGUGGAGACGGGUGACGGUGGUGAUGGUGACUUUGUGGUGUACGAGUUUGACUGCCCGGAAGGGUUAGUGUUCGACGAACGUUAUAGCACCUGCAAUUGGCCCGAUGCGGCACGUCCUUGCGUAGGUGGCCAGCAAGAGGGACCAGGCAAUGACACCAGUAAAGAUGGAUCAGCCGACACGACUACAUCUUCCACUGUACAAGGAACUGACUCAACAGGAACUGGGGAAACUGAAUUUUCAACGGCAUCAACGGAUGCUGGAACAGCAACAACUGGAACAGGCACAGACACAACUGCAUCGGAUGUUGAGACUUCGGGUACAACGGGAACAGACGAGGGAUCCACUGGCACGACAGUAACUGAUACAGGAGCAACUUCCACAACAGGGCAAGACACCACUGGAACAACAGACCAUACAGCUGCGACUGACACCACCGGAAGUGAAACAGGUACCACAGGAACUGCCACAGAAAGUACAACGGGGUCAUGGACUGAUACGGCUAGCACUUCAGGAACGUGGACUGACAGCACUACAGAAACAUGGACUGACACGACAGGUACAACAGGAAGUGGCACAGAUAGCACAGGUACAACAUCGACAAGCACAGAUAUAAGUACUACAGGAACAGAUAGCACGGCUACAGCAUCCACGGGCGCAGACACUGGAGGUACGACAUCGUCAGGAACCGGGAGCACUGCCACAGUAGAGGAAGAUACGUCUGCCACAGAUUCUGGAAGGGACGACGAAGACCCACCUUCCCCAGGUUCAACCACGGAACCCACGACAGCGAAAGAUUGCAAUAAUACAUCGUCUGAUACUUCGUUGCCAAAAGAUCCUAGUGGAAAGCCUUCUAGUUUAAGUUGUCCAAGGACGGGUUUCUUCCGACAUCCAACAGACUGCGGCAAAUUCUACCGUUGCGUGGACUUUAAUCAGAAUGGAAUGGAUUACGUGGUCUUCGAGUUUGACUGUCCUGAAGGACUUGUGUUUGAUGAACGUUACAGCACAUGCAACUGGCCUGACCAAGCUCCACCGUGCGGGGAUGGCUCUUCUGGUGGACGCACGCCUGAGAAACCUGGCGGACCAUCCGAGCCCAUUGGACCAUCUGGACCAACAGGACCAAGUGGAGCAGGACCAUCUGGACCAAAUGGUCCUUCGGGGCCGUCAGGACCAACUGGACCAAGCGGUCCUUCGGGGCCGUCAGGACCAACUGGACCAAGCGGUCCUUCGGGGCCAUCAGGACCAACUGGACCAAGCGGUCCUUCGGGACCAUCAGGACCAUCUGGACCAAGCGGUCCUUCGGGGCCGUCAGGGCCAUCUGGACCAAGCGGUCCUUCGGGGCCAUCAGGACCAACUGGACCAAGCGGUCCUUCGGGGCCAUCAGGGCCAUCUGGACCAAGCGGGCCUUCGGGGCCAUCAGGACCAACUGGACCAAGCGGGCCUUCGGGGCCAUCAGGACCAACUGGACCAAGCGGUCCUUCGGGGCCAUCAGGACCAAGUGGGCCUAAUGGACCAUCAGGCGGCCCCACUGGACCAUCUGGUCCCUCCGGUCCAAGUGGACCGUCAGGCGGCCCAUCUGGUCCAAGCGGACCAUCGGCGGGGCCUACUGGACCAACCGGCCCCUCUGGUCCAAGGGGACCAUCAGGGGGCCCUACUGGACCAACGGGCCCGUCUGGUUCAAGCGGACCAGCAAAAGCACCUACAGGGCCAGGAGGUCCAGGAUCGGGCAACCUCCAUUGCCCGCAAGAGGGUUUCUUCAGACAUCCCGAGGAUUGUGGAAAAUUCUACCGCUGCACGGACACCGGCAAGACUGGAAGCUUUUCUGUCUACGAGUUCGAAUGUCCCAAAGGCCUGGCUUUCGACGAACGUUUCAGCGUCUGCAACUGGCCGGAGAACGUACCUGGUUGCGGAAAUACAGACGGUAGGCAACCGGAAGGAGACCGUCCUCUCGGAGAGGACGCAAAAACACCAGAUGGCUCCAGCGACUACCCUACCGAUGGAGCAUCGCCUCAAGACACUCCAAGCUCUCUUCCUGAUGGAGGUACGCCGGCGGCAGAUGACUCUAGCGGUCACCCCAGUGACGAAGCAGCUCCACAAGACACUCCAAGCCGCCCUCCAGAAGACGAGACCCCUAGUUCGCAAGAUCAGACACAGACGCCAAGCACAGAGCCCACCGACGAUUCCACCGGAGGCGGUUCAGAUGGCCCAACAGAUCGGCCGUCUGAUGGUUCGGCGCAUGAUCCGUCGGAUGGUUCUUCGGACAGCCCUGCGGAUAGCCCUGCGGAUAGCCCUGCGGGCGACGGCUGCAACCCGACAUGCAGCAAGGAAGGAUUCUUCAGGAACCCCGCAAAUUGCAACAAAUUUUACCGCUGCGUCGACUUCAAAGGGGACUCUGACUUCGUAAUGUUUCAUUUUGAUUGCCCAGAAGGAACCGUAUUCGACGAACGAUAUAGCGUUUGUAACUGGCCUGACGAUGCACCUCCGUGCGGUGCUGGUGCUGGUAGUGGUCAAAACCAAUGUCCUGAGAAGCCGGGAGACCAGACAGGACAACCCCAACCCGAUCAGCCUCCCACGGAUGGCAGAGUGCCGCCAUCAGGCCCACAAGGUCCGACCGACAUGCCUCCAACAGCCCAGGGACCAACCCAUCAGAGAGGCCCUAGGCCUGCCGAUGCUUCUCAAUGUUCUCGCACGGGUUUCUUCAGGAACCCUUCAGACUGUAACAAGUUCUACCGCUGCGUGGAUCUCUACCAGGACGGAAAUUACGUAGUGUAUGACUUCGACUGUCCAGCAGGUCUCGUCUUCGACGAGAGGUACAGCGUGUGCAACUGGCCUCAGAACGCUCCGCCUUGCGAUAACCAGCCACAACAGCCAUCGAAACCCGGUGAAGAAACAUCAACGAAACCCUGCGACAAAACAACGCCAUCAGACACCACUCCCCAGGACACAACGCCACAGAGUACUACUGGUCAAGAUACUACGCAACGGGACACUACCGCUGUCACUACUGAAGCCACCACUGCUCAGGACAGUACAACGGGACCAGACAGUACGACGUCAGUACCGACUACGGCCGAGCAGACUACAGAAUCAGUAACGACUGAAGUGUCAUCUGCUACCGUUGAGUCCAGAAGAGGAAAAAGUCUCGAUGACAAGAUAUGUAAAAAAGAGGGCGCUGUUGGUUUCGAAGGUGAUUGUGUUCACUUCUAUCGCUGCGUUGGUAGCGGAAAGAACACGAAGGCCGAGCUGUUCAAGUGCCCUGACAAAUACGUCUUUGAUCCGAAGAUUGAAUUCUGUAGAAGGAAGAGAAAGGACUUCAAGUGCGACAAAAAACCAACUGAAGAACUCAUGGCGAGUUUACCGCCCAACUUCAUGAAGAGUGCCAUUGUCGCUGGACCGGACUUCUUGUGGGACUGAUGGGAUCGUAAAGGUCUUUGCCGAUUCUUGCAGAUCUCUUGCAAGAACUUUGAGUCCACUCUGGUCACCGCGCACGAAUCACUUGGCACAUCGUCUUUGCACAGACAGUCUGCGAGACGGAACCGUAGGAACCGACAUCCGAUGGAAGGAGUUGCCAGACAUGACGCCAAGGGAUGCUCGUCUAUAGUGUCACCAAAGCGGUUGCUAAAUAACAACGGACUCAGCGUUAAAAAAAAAAGUGACGUAUUUCUACUUAUGUGACAUGUGCCGUCCACCUACUGUGAGAUGACGCGAAACGAAAGCAAGACGCCGGCCGUGGUAGUCCAUCGUUACCGUGGCAUGUGACGACAGAGCGAACCUAGAACGUGGCUGGCCAGCGGAGAAACGAAACACGGAUAAAAGGGCAGCAGUAAAUCGCACGUUUCAUGUUCAGUAUUAAUCUUACUUUCUCGCGUAAUAUGGCUUAGUAUUUAUUAUGAUUAGCUCCAAAAUUGUUCUCUGAAACUGCGUAGUGCUGCUGGAAGUGUUGAGGUCCUGCAACGGUCCUGCUUGGUGCCUAAACCCUCAAAGACUUUCAAUGUGAACGGUGAACACUGUCGGACUCGAGUACUACACACAUAAAACGUGCCAUGGGGUUAUUUCGAGUGGCUUUUUUUGUCCUCAUUUUGAACGCAUGUGUUACCACAUUCUCUUCACGUGUGGGGCGAGAAAGAAUGUGCGCCCCGUUGCCUGCUCGCUGUCUCUACGUCGUCCUCGUAUUUAUGAGAAUGAUUCCCCUUUUUUGUAAUGAGUAUUAAGUUGUACAGCACUGUGCACGAAUGAAUGGUGGUUUAUGCAAUGUUAUAUAGCGGUGCUUGCUGCACGACGAAUAAAGUCGUCUUUUGGUACA